UGGAGAACACAAGCUCACAUCCAGCAACAAGGAGGGAAAAUGGACCCCGAGAACAGACUGAACGGAGAGGACAUCGCUCUGUAUAAAGCCGGUGACAUAGAGGCACCGACUGCCCCCUCUGGAAAGGUGCGUCGGCCCAUUAACAUGAAUCACUAUGCCACGAAGAAGAGUGCGGCUCAAAGCAUGCUGGACAUCGCCCUGCUGAUGGCCAACUCGUCCCAGCUGAAGACCGUUCUCUACGUGGGGCCUGACUACCGUUUCUACAUCCCCCUCAUCGUCCUGCUGUCCCUGUCCAUCAUGCUGCAGGUUGUAGUGGGGCUGCUGCUCGUCUUCAUUGUGAAGUACGAUCUGAACGACGUGAGGAAGCACGCCAAGCUGAACUGGAUGAACAAUGUGGCCACCGUGUUCGUCUUCUUCACCGUCCUCAUCAACAUCUUCAUCACCGCGCUGGGGUUUGAGGGCUAUGCUGUCAGGUCAUUGGUGUCACCGGCAGCUGUGGUAUCACAGCCUCAUCUUUCCAUUCUGCCCAACGACCUCAACAUGACCGGUGGCCUUUAGACCAGGUUCCCCUGUCGUCUCAAAGCCUUCACACCUGAAGGUCCUUUUGUAACUUCUGUACCAGCUCCCUGUUCCAAUGACGACUUUGGGCAAAGAUUGUCCAGCUGGAACAAGCUUUUCAUUCCUCAUUGGAUUUAAUGGGUCCAUUCAUGGUGAGAGGCUUUUGUCGAUCCAGGUUGGGGCUCAAGACUCGUCAAGCAAAACCUCAGUGACCUUCGACCACAACCUCCAUUCAGGAUCACAGCUGGUAUUCAACCACUGCCUCAUCUUCUCUCAAGUCCAUAGUGAGUUUUCUCCUCCAAACUGUUGCCAGCUCCUAUCUUGUAAAUAUUAUUCAGCUGUUGGAUUGGUGGAAAAGAGCGCUGCAGGAAUGAGUUCUAAAACCUGGGGAUGAGUCCUGGUUCCCUCCGUUUUUGGUUAGAUCUCUGAAAUAAGGUCUGUGGAUGUUAAGAGGUUUUAAUGUUUUUUUUAUAAAUGUUGUACCUAAAUAAAGGAACUCAUGACUUCA